UUCCCAGUAUGCCACAGUUCUGGGAGGAAGUGCCAGGAAAUCUGCUGCUGUCUGUCUCCUGCAGGGUCAGGCAUUCCCUGAGCUGGCUUUUUAUGGCUGGUGGGGGCUGGGCGACGUAAGGAGAGAAGUGACAUUCGAUACAAUGAAGAGGAAGGCUGAGUCCCUGGGGCUGUGACAGUAAGAGAAAAGGCUACUGGGAUACAGAUUUCCAUGCUAGCCCAUAACAGCGGAGAAACACCGGGGAUUAACAGCUCCAUUGUACUGCCCGGCACGACUACUGAAAUCUGCAUUCAUUCUGGGCUUUGCUGGAUCUUGGCUAGAGGCUACUGAUGCAUCCGGCUCGGAAGAUACAACUGCUGACUACUGGAUUUAGCAAUGUGGCCAUGAGAUUAUACAGUAAGAAGGCGUUUUGUGUUAUGAAUACUCCUCAGGAUUCUGGUCGGAAAAUUGCACUGCUGGAAAUUGGGCUGAGGCUCACAACUUCGACCCAUUUUCCCUACAUUUACUGAGUAUAAGUGGGACAUUUGGUUUGUCGGCAGAUUCCUAUUACUAUGGGAAAUAAUCUGUUCUAUCCACCAUCUGAGCUUGGUAGGUAGUCUCUAAAUUCACACCCAACUCAUCCAUCCACCUCAACAUCAGCUGCAUCUCAAUUAGAUCCCACCAAGACUGGAGUUCGUAGACCUUCGUACAUGGGAUUCAACACUACAGACUCCCCUUUAGUCCAAAACCUUCAAACUUUUAACGUAUAUCAAGCACAGAUCAACCCACCUGUUCCACGGGGUCAAGGAUGGACCGACACCGGGCAGAAAAGCUCAUCCAGAUUGCACGAGAGUGUCUCCUGUUUGGGAAGAGUAGAGAAGCUCUUAACUAUCUCACCCAGGCUCAGAGCAUCUACCCCACCCGAACCGCUGCCCGGCUGAUCAGUGGCAUCCGUGAGACUUGGUUUAAGACCCAAAACGGCCAUUCUGAACCAAGAUACCCCCAUUUUGAACAAAGGGAUUACUGGGACAACCGUCACUAUGGCUUUGGCACCAGUGAUGAGCCAACAUGGGAGGAGGAAGAAGAAGAAGCAGAAGCAGAGGAAGAAGAAAGGCUGAAUUCUAGAAUGGAGGAGGAAGAUGAUUACUACUCUCUACUAGGUGUCAGCAAGGAUGCCAAUGAGGAGACCCUGAGGAAGGCUUACCUCAAACUGGCCCUGAAGUACCACCCUGACAAAAACAGCUCCCCGGGGGCCACUGAGGCCUUCAAGGCCAUUGGGAAAGCCUUUUCUGUCCUGGGUGACCCAGCGCAGAGGAAAAAUUACGAUGAUGCCCAAGCCAGGGCUCGAGUAGUUUCACAGCCAGACCUCACCACAGAGGAUCUCUUUGAUCUGUUCUUCAAGGGCCAUUUCCCAGGGUACACCUGCAGCCAGCAAUAUCAGCAGCCGAGGUCUACAAACAGACGGCAAGGAGACAGAGGACAGAGGUGGGAGGAAGAGGAAGGUGGCCGACAGCAAUGGCGGCAUGGAGAGGACACGAGACAAGAUCAUGGGAGAGAAAGGAAAUGGAGCGAGGAGAGGCAAGGUGGAGGACAUACGCCAAAAUGGUGGGAAAGGGAAAAGAAGCCUGAAAGUGGAAAGGGAAGAUGGAGCAAAAAUGCUAAACAAGAUGGGAAGCAAUCUAAAGUAAAUGAGGAAAGGAAAAAUGACGGAGGAAAGGGAAGACCGAAGUGGCGGGAUGCAAAAGAACAAGACAACAGAAGGUCAAGGUGGCGGGAAGAAUUAGCACGACAGGAAGCAAGAUGGACUAGGAGGCAGGAAGAAGACAACUCCAAUGGCGCAAGACAAAAGAAUGCAUAUUCUGCAUUCAUCCAAGUCCUGCCAGUUCUUCUCUUGGUGGUGAUCUCUGUUGUGGCUCAGCUGACUGCUACCACCCCAGCCUACAGCUUGCACCCCAGGCCUUCCUCAGGCCUGACUGUCUCACGAGAGACACAGACCCUGGCUAUCAUCUACUUUGUCCGGCAGGAUUUUGGAAGUCGUUACCAAGGCAAAGCCCUCGAGGAGCUUGAAAGGACAGUGGAAAAAGAUUACGUGGAGCACGCGCAGGCCGAAUGCUGGAAGGAGAAGCAGCAGAAGUCAGACUUGACCAAUCUGGCCAGACUCUACAGAGAUGAGAGACUAAGAGAGAAGGCUGAAAGCCUCAAGCUGGAGAACUGCCAGAAGCUAUUAAAUCUCAUGAAACAGAGAAAACCAGGUUGAUGCCCUUCAGACUCUGAGGGGUGUAGGGAGUAUUUGGAGAACAUGGUUGCUAGGUCCUAUUUGCACGGAGACAUUUGGACAAUAGAAAAAAUAAACCUUACAUGGAUUUUACAAGAUUAGUAGCUGCCCGUAACAUUUUAGUAAAUGCAAACCCUUCCGACAUCCAGUGGGUCCUUUAUAUGGAGCCUGCCACUGACUUGUGGCCAAACCUCCCUUUCCAAGGGGAUCACAAUGUUCUUCCUGUAGAGUGCCAAACCCUUUCCAUUAAAAUGUGAUUCAAAGUCUGAAAUACUGGUUCCCUACGAAGUGCAUCCUUUUUCUUAAAGGAGAAGGAAAGCUCCAAGACAGUUUAUUGCCAACAUAUUAGCCACAAUAGUGCAAGCUAGAAUGCUAUAUUUAUUCUGCAGAAUGCUUUACCAUACCUGAGUAAACAGCUCUAUAAGCUCUGUUUGUUUAGGAUAGCAGCUGCCAUAUUAGCUUGGUGUGUCAUCACUUCCUGCCUGAGUCUCUCCCUGCUCACUUACAGCUCUGAGCUCAGAUUACAGCAGGGAUGGGAGGAGGGGUGGAGAGAGGAACAAACUGAGCAUGCUCAAGCCCUAGCCCUGGAGGUUUAAGCUGAAAACAGGAAGUCUGAUACAGAAGCCCAUGAGUACACAAUAGAAGGAAAGAAAUGUGCUGUUUCUUUUGACAGAGGACUCAGAGCAGAAUUACUUUGAGGGGUUACUGGUGUAUUUAUAUAGACCUUUCUGAUAAAGCUUACUUAGUUUUAGCCUUUCCUUCUCCUUUAAUGGACAGCAUAAGUUAAAAUCACUAUGAGGUUGCUUGGGGCUGGGGAGCCUCUUUUACAGAAAAAAAGCACUGGUCCCCAGUAUUUGGCUCGGAAUCAGAGCGCUGCCAUCUUUUUCAGGUCCCAGAUGUUCCUGGGUAUAAGAGAGGCCCAGAACCCAUUUCUCUAUUGCAAAUGCUCCCAGCCCAAGUCUGAGCAAAGACUAUUUGGAAAUAAAAGAUGGUGACAAGGGACUCCCCAGCCAAGUAUCAAAAAUUGUCAAAAAAUUUGCACCCCCAGAUAGGACAACCAAUUUGACUGUGAACCUCUUAUACACCCCAGUCCCAUAAUACACCUUGAUAUAUAUUUAUUUAUAAUGACUAAACAAGGGGCAGAUAUUUUCCUUUGCACUGUGCUCUUCCUUUGGGACAUGAAGGCCAGAUUCCAUCUUCCUGUCUAGUGAUGAGGAGUCAUUUCCUUAGGGCAGGGCUCAAUUAUUUUGCUAUAAGGUAUCAGCUUCCUUAUUUAUUCUGUGUAUUUUGGGGUGAAAGAUGUGUUACAAAAAUGCAGUUUUUCUAUGUUUAUUGCUAAUAAACCAUCAUUUAUUCACCAAA